UUACUGCAUCCGUUAUUGAAAAUAUUAAUAGUUUCUUUAUCAAUCUCAGAGCUGAGCUCAAUCAAAUCCGAGAGUAAGUUUUGACCAAGCUGACAAAUAGCUGUCACGACAACGCAUGCGUAAAUUUGCUUCGGUGAAUUUCACACCACAUUUUCGACCAAUCACUGCACACCGGCACUUAACAUACUCAAUCGUGAAUAAUACCUUAAAAUGUAUUACUGAUAUUAACGAAAUGCAUCAAUAUACUGAAUAACAAGUUUUUGCAUACACAAGUGCUUCACGAWAGACAGAUCUAGGAGUGGCUGCGUUCAUUUGGCUGGUUAUUUCAACGCCAAAUUUUUAUCAAUAACCAACACUUCUUUGAAAUCUUCUCGGUACUAGAUCACUACAUGUGUUGCUUUUGCUGUUUACAUCGACCACUAUGGCCGCGUCCAUUACGGACGGGGAGAUUUUUUCACCUCUGUCCACAUCGCGGGGUUUGCAAUAGCAAUCAUCAUCUUCUUAGUAUUCCUCGUCAGCCUUGAGAAUUCUCUCGGCUCUGCUCGAUGCUGGAAUAUACUGAACAUGGUGGCGUCUUUGAUUCUUGGUAUAUUGUGCAUCGUGUCAUCUGCCCUGGUCAUAGGAGAUAGUGGAAAACGCGCACCAGACCCAUUAAUUGCCGCAAUUGUCUUUGGUUUCAUUUCUGGCGUGUUGUUUUUAGUCGACGCGCUCAUCCAUUUCAAGGAAAUCCGCUGAUCAGACCUGCAAGUACUGAUGUUGAAAAUUUCGUUUUCUUGUUUGAUACAUUUGAAUAAUUAGCAGUUAAGAUUUUUCUUCUUUCUUUUUAAAGAGAACAAAUCACAUUUAGGGACUAUUAUUUUGAUUUUCGCUAAAAAAAGGAUUUUUUUAAAAUAUAUGUUAAUAGCUUAACGUGUAAAAGGAACUAAAAUGUUAAUACUUUUCUUAGAUAUAAAAAAAAUAAGAUGAAUUAUUCGUAAAUUCAAACUGUUAUGUUUAAUAGAGCUUUUGCUCUUCUCUCAUAGGGUUUCUAUUUUUUAGAGUAAAGUUUUUUAAAUACAGAAUUGUUGCCUCUCUUU